AACUUCAGAUAACGCGGAUGUCUGCGGCGCCGGGGACAAUCAGCCCACCAGCUCGCGAACUAAAAACUUCGGCAAUCUGUGGAUACUUGCAUCGGAUCGAAGUUCGUUCGAUCGGUCUGAUAACACGCCGUCGCUAUUGGUUCGCACUCUGUGACUCAACUCCAUAUCUUUACUGGUAUAAAGAUUCAGAUGACAUAAAAUGUAUCGGAAGAGUCUCAUUGAGUGGCGCAGCAUUCACUUAUGAUCCAAGAGAAAAAGGCCGUUUUGAAAUUCACUCUAACAAUGAAGUAAUUGCGCUGGAAUGUAGUUCAGACAAGCAACGCAAUGAAUGGAUGAAAGCUCUUCAAAGUACACGGAAAAGAAGCUGGAAGGCAACGAAAUCAAAAUCUGAUUCAAGUCUAGAUAUUUCGUCUUUAACGGGAAGAAAUUCGUCUUCGGUCCUCGAAGAAUGCUCGUCUCCUUCUCCAGUACCACCACCAAGAAGUCCAAAACCAAAGAAACGAACACAAUUCCUAACUGAAGAAGAAACAGACGCUGAAACAUCUUCUGAUGUUCCUCACUCAUCUGAGGAAACUGCCGAAGUGGUUGAAGACACAGACAACACGAAAAUACCAGCUGAAGGAUCUGCAACGGAAUGGUAUUUGAAUCCAAAUGGACAGCUGAAUGAACGAUCUCUACAGAUGCCAAAGACAAUCGAAAGCCCAGAAACUGUAUUAAAGCGACUAGCUGAUCAAAGUAUAGAAGCUCCUUUUCGAGCUAUUCGAAGAAAUCUUUCGACUUGGAGCAGAAGUCGGCAAAAUACGUCCGAUGAACCAGUUGUUGGAAGUAGAAAAGGUACAGUAUCUUCUGUUGAUCUAACUCCUGAAGAGAAAGUUAUUGAAUUGUCUGAUAAAGUUUCAAGUCUGGAGGAAGUUGUCGAUUCGCUGAGAGCUGCUCUUCUACUAGCUCAAAGAAAUAAUGAAGCACUUCAGAAAAUCGAGGAUAUGGGAGAUAAUAAGGAGGAAAUGCGAGAGUAUAUACUGGAAAAGGAGCGACAAGUCACCGAAUUACAUAUUUCGAAUAGCAUGAAUGCUCGACGAGUUCGUGAUCUUGAAGAUCAAAAUGUAAGGCUUGAGGAUACGAUCAAUGAUUUGCAACAAUCAGUAGAAGCUUUCCGAGAAUCAUUACGAACAAAAGAAGAGCUUAUUCUUCGAAUGUGUGAAGAAGAAAAUCGAGAAGACUUACUAGGAUCGAUAUCUGAAAGAAGCUCGAAUAUUCCUGCAGACGCAAAUGGACUUGUAUCGGAUGUUGAGGUUCCUGAAGGCAUUCUUGUCGAUGUAUCAUCAGUUGAUUGUGAAGAAGCUACCAGGAAGGUUCUAGACGAAGAAAAUGUUCGUGAUAUUGGAGAACUUCAAGAUCUCGUAGAAGGAUACCGUACCCAGAAUCAGUUUUUGAAUGCGGAAAUAGUCCAAUUGCAUGCUAUCACUCAAUCUCUGGAAGAUCGAGAGAAGAAGCUGAUUCGUCAAAAUUUCGACCUCGAAGCCUGCUAUUACCAAUUAAAAAGCCGUUAUUUGAUGGUUCUAAACCAUUUUAAGUCUCCGACAAAACCAGGAAAAAUAAUGGAACCUGGUGUGUUGAAAGAAUUACUCGAAGAGUCGGCAAGAACACCUCGAGAAUCUCAGCAAAACCUCACGGAUCAGUUGGGAUUCUAUAAAAAGGAUGAUUUUUCUGAAAGCGAUGAUCUUUUGGAUACUGCCACGUUUUACAUGAAAAAAGCGGGAGACGUAGUGGAAGCAACGAAAUUGGAACAAUCUGAAGAAUACAUGAAAUGGUUACAAUCGUGGGAUGCGUUCCUUGUCAACAAUACAGUAUCCCGGCAGACUGCAAUCAUGUCUUCACCUGAUCUAAAAACUCUUAUUCGAACUGGAGUACCACCUGCCUACAGAGGUCGUGUAUGGAAGAUAAUUGUGACACAUUGGGUGAAGGAUAAGCAAGCAGAAUUGGGUAAUGGAUACUAUCAAAGUAUGCUCAGAAAGGCUGGAACAAAGAAGCAGGAUGGAAGUUACGAUGCAGCCAUCAAACAGAUUGAUCUUGACCUCGCUCGAACUCUGCCCACGAAUAAACUUUUCGACGAGCCAGAUUCUGCUAACAUAGAAAAACUACGAAACGUACUCUACGCCUUCCGAUACCAUAACUCUCACGUCGGCUACUGCCAAGGACUCAAUCGUCUUGCUGCAAUUGCUCUGUUAAACCUGGAUGAGCAGGAUUCGUUCUGGUUCCUUGUAGCAUGUGUGGAACAUCUCCAACCUGAAGGAUAUUACACUAGCUCACUGAUCGGAGCGGUUGCCGAUCAGAAAGUUCUCCGCGAUCUUGUAGCAGAAAAGCUUCCAAAAUUGGCUGCACAUUUGAGAGCUCUUGAAGUUGAUCUUUCACUUUUCGCGCUCAGUUGGUUCCUGACGUGUUUUGUAGAUGUACUCCCGCAUUCUAUUUAUCUGACUAUAUUCGAUGCAUUCCUCUAUGAAGGAAAUAAGGUUCUUUUUCGAUUCGCACUGGCACUUUUCAAAAUAUGCGAACCUCACGUUCUUCAAUGUAAAACUAUUGGCACAGUUCAUCAAUGUCUCAGCAAAGCUCAAGAACAUAUCAUUGACUUCAAGUCGCUAGCUCAAGUGGCAUUCAACGAACUGAAUCCGUUCCCUCAGAAGACUAUAGAAACUAAACGACAACUCUAUUUGACACAAUUGAAGGAUACUGGCCACUGUAUGUAAAUCCGACACGAACAUUCUUGUACAUCUAAUCUGUAUUUUCUUUCGAUUUCUAGCAUAAUUAUGUCUUCUUCACACAACUUUUUCACUAUUAUUUUCAAACUUCUGUGAUUCUCCUUUUUCCUUAUCAAUUUCUUUUACGGUUUACUUCCCCCCCUUCAACCCGUUUACUUGUGCUCCGUUUUUACACAUGAGACUGAAAAUAUCAAAUACGCAACAUAAAAUUAAUCUGC